AUGAUGCGCUACGUGCUGUGUAUCCUCGCUCUCCUGCUCUCAUGUGCGUGUGUGCACGUCCUCGCUGAAGAAGUGCCUGCCGCCGAUCUUUCCGACCAAGUCCCUGAUACGGAGAGUGAGACAAAGAUUCUUCUUACUCCUACAGAUGGCAAAUGCCCUGAUGGUACUGAACUUCCUGACGGUAAAAUUUGCCCUGCCACUUCUGCGGGUCCACCACCACCUCCUCCUCCUCCACCUCCUCUUCCUGGUGCUAAAGCUAAUUCUUCUGAUCGUUGUCCUGCAGGUCACACUCCUUCUAAUGAUGAAACUUGUAAACCUGCCUCUCCUGCUGGUGUUUCUCCUUCUCCACCUGUUGGUGGUGGUAAAGAUUGUACUUCAGAGAAGACUGAUCCUCCGUGCUCCACUAGCGGUAGGGAACAUGAAGAUGCUCGUGCUGAUGAUUGUGUGACAUCUUCUGAUAGGGAAAGUUGCCCUGACAAUGAUGGUGACACUCAAGAGCAGUGCCCUCCCACUUCUGGUAAAAUUUGUCCACCAACACCAACAGCCCAUGUUCCUGAACAGCCUGUUAAGGGUCCUGGUGAAAUUGGUAACAAUCAACAAGACCUCAACAGUGAAAAUAGUUUACCUGCUGCUGAUGGUCAUGGUAAUGGUGCCCCCGGUAAUAAAGCUGAUGCUGGUUCUGCUGCGGGUACUGGUGGUGUUGCUGAUGGUCGUACUUCCACUUCUGAAGCUGCUACUCCCGCUGCACCUGCACCUGCUGCUUCUACUGCAGGGAACAGUGAUGCUCCUUCAGAAAAUCCUCAACAUGCAAACAAUGAGCCACGUGAAACUGCACCAUCACCAACCACACCUUCUUCCCGCAGCUCAGCCACAGCAAGUGAUGGUGGUUCAAAUCCUGCAUCAACUGAGAAUGAUAAUACACCUUCAGGGAGUGAAUCAACAAACAACCAAGAGGGUGUGGCAAGUAAUACAGAUACAACCACCACCACCACAACAACAACCACAACACUUCCUCCUGAACUCACAAACAACAAGAAGGGUGAUGCAGACAGCAGCAGCAGUAUCAGCAGUUCUGUGUGGGUGCGUGUACCGCUACUGAUUGUGGUUACACUGGCCUGUAUUCUU